GGCUAGGCCUGAGAUUCAAUUUGUUUAUGUCACGUCAACCGCGACCGGAGCGUUGCAGCUUGGCGCAUUAACUUUGAUGCCAACCUCAAGGUACCAUCUCACUCGAGGGCAGGUAUCUCAUGUUAAUGAAAAGCAACACAGCGGAGGCAGCCGAGCUUGACAACAGAGAAGUCCGCCUGUAAAGACGCCAUUGGACAUCAUGCGCUUUCCCAUUGCUUCGACACACAAAAUCUCAUAGCUCUGUCACAAACGCACCCGUAAUUACUGCACCCAAUACAAGCCGUCAGCCAGUUUAAACACCUAAACCACAUUGACCGGACCACCCACUAGACCCGCCACAUUUGUUACCUUGCCGCCCAUUGAAUUGGUUCUCGUCAACGGUAUACGGGCUCCAGACUCCCGCGACGCGAACCUAGGCGUCAUGCUGUCAACUGCCACCGACGUUGGCUCGGCGCCAAAACGGAAGAUCGCAAACACGUACGGGAAGAACCGAAAUCGAAAUGCGGUGCCCGGCGCAGAGGGUGCUUCGUCCAGCAAGCCCGCACCAUCCAAGCCAACGUCGCUGUCGAGGCCAAAGCUAAAGGGCGAAAAUGCGUCGGCGAACGCCCCCGCAACUGCCUCAUCGCCAGACGAUGAGGAGGGAGACCCAUAUGACUUCCCAGAUGAUACCGCCGCUCCCGUGGUGAAGAAACACUCUAGCUACCGCUCUGUCGCAAAACCCGCGCAAACACCCGCCGCGUCCGGCUCUUCUCUAGACCCUAAAGCCACUAUGAAAAGAAAACCAACACACCCUCCAGGUGCUAGGUUACCCAAGAAACAGAGAUCUUCAAGUCCUGAUGUGCUGCCUGAAUCACAACCCUCGCCAAAGCCAUCAAUAGCGGAUCGUCAACCGCAACUAAAAUCUAAGAUGGGAAAGGGAAGUUCCCGUCUCCUACCGUCAGAUGCUGCUGCUACUGGUGCUGCUGCUGCCAGCUCUUCAUCGAGCAGCUCAACCGCGGGAAAUGAAAGGCAACGAUCCAUUCCCAUUCGUCCAACGAGAAACUUGGAGAAACCAAUACUCAAAACCCAGAAGAACCCUCCGGUCGAUUCUCAUCCUUUUGACUCCGUUGGUCCUGCAGCUGAGGUGACAUUAGGGGAACGUACAACUCGGAGACGAAGUCCAGAAAAGCAACCAAGACCUACGCCGAAAAAAGAUACCGUGUCCUACAGCAGCGCGUCACAUGCGGGUAUUGCUAAGUUGCAGAGGCCAGCGCAGUCUUUAACUAGGAAGACUGUUUCCUCCUUUGAUAUUAGCACAACAACGACACCUCCUGCCAAACGCAGACCGCGGCUCAUUGACACGCUCAAAGCUCAGGCUGAGAACAACUCAUCUUCAUCCUCGGAAGAGGACGAGGACGGGUUCAGGGAAACUCCUCGGAGUCGCAGCAGGGAGCACGUCCAUGAUCUCAAAGCUUCGCAGACGUCAAGUCCCCAACCCUCACAGCCUUCAGAGACACCAAGGGCACGAACGUUGACACGACACGGCUCAAUGCCAAAGAAGCCAGGCCUCAAGUAUACCUAUAGCCAGCAGCGGACCAUGCUUGCCGACGACUCUAUGCUGGAUGGUCUUGACCCCCUCAAGGCUGAGGAGCUAGCAUUCUCACAGCCGCUGCUGGCACCAAGCGAGCCACAAGCGAGCGCCUACGACUUCGACGAUGGCCUGGUAGAAGAUGCGGCCGCUUCAGGGGCUGUGCGUGGCAUUCACGAGUUACGAAGGGCAGGGGCGAACAACAGAACAACAGACGAAAUGAACGACAUUUUAGAUAGAAUUGGAGUGCCUAGCGCUAAGGCUUCCUCGGUAAGAAGAAGCGCACUGCUUGAGAUGGCUACUCAGGUUCAGGAUAAGACGUUCCGUCGGCAGUUCCUCAUCCACGACAAUGGUACGACAAGUCUGCUCAAAGGCAUCGGCAAUGAGACGGAUCCAAUCGCUGCAUAUCUGAUUACUGCCAUCCUCACUACACUAUUGGCAACUGCAACAUCCUCUCAUCUCAGCCGCCAACUGCAGCUUGAAGAUGUGGCAAAAGUCAUGGAGCUUUUACUUAUUUACGAAAAGGAUAUUGCUGUAUUAGCAAAGGAUCGCAAAAGUAAUCUUUCAAAGUUCACGCAAAACACGCUUAUGCGCGUCAGGGACUCUUUGUUACAGAUGAAAAUUUGGGAGCCAUCAACGUCGCUUUCUCAACUAUCACCUCGGACCCUGGCAUUGAUGUGUAUGCAUCAAAUACAACAACAGACGCCGGUGGAAGAGCUAUUGUCGGCAGAUCUUACCGUUCAACUCUUUGAGAUCCUGGCAGCGCCUGCCGAGCGCCGCGAGGCACUCAGCUGGGAUUCGCCUGGGCAAGCCGAGCCUAUGGAUAUAUUUCUCGUCCUUUCCAUCUUAGUGGCAUACUCACCUGAAGUUGUGGAAUCGGAGGCCGCCGCGGCGUGGAAUAUGAAGCAUUUACCAACAAUUGCCAGCGUCUUGGAAAUAUCGCUGUCCCAGAGGAUAGAUCAAUUAGGAGAUCUCGAGAUCCUUAUUCUUCAGUUGACUCUAAACACUUCCAAUGGCAACCAGACAGGUCAGACCAUAUUGCUGGAGAAGGGGCUUUUACGCAACUUGGCGCAGGCGGCACAUACAAUGUUCGACUCGGUCUUGCAAUCGAUAACGAACAACACAUUUGCCAAACCCGUUAUCGAUACGUUGACUAUUCUUUUGGGUCUUAUGAUCAACUUAUCGGAACAUUAUGAGCUUGCUGGUACGACAUUGAAGGAUUUUGAGCCAUUUGACCAACUUAUCAGCUUCUUCCAUAGCUACAGUUCCAGGACGCAAGAGGCUGAUUCGGAAGAGAAGGCCUCGCUCAACGUUGCCUUUGGAUAUCUCGCUGUUUUGCUAGGCUGUCUAUGCCGACACAGGCCUACACGGAAGAGAUUUGAGGCGCUAAAUUCGAGCAAGACUAUCAGACCUCUGAUCAGUGCAAUACAGGAAUUUGCCAAACAUCUCGAGACUACACAUGCGAAAUUUGGCGUUGAGGGAGACCCUAAUGCACUCUCUCAGAUUGAGCGCCUGCGCAUUCUCAUCGAUGAAUUGGAGGGCAUUUAGAUGAUAUCGCAUCGAGUUGUCAUACAGGCACUGGAAGCCCAGGAGGUACUCUUACCGUGUGGUGAGACGAGCUGCUUGUCGGCAUGGUUGAUUGUUUGGAGUUGGGUUUGUAUGUAUAUACGAGCUGGCAUGUUCGACAACUAUUUAUUUACGAAACACAUUGAAAGCAAUAGAUUUGGCGUUCCUCAAUUGAAUAUGAAAUCGCCCACUAUA